ACAUACUGGUUCUAGCCAGCGGCAGGAGAGCACGCGAGUUCCUACACCAACCUCCUCCUCCACCACCACCACCACCCCACAGCCUCCUCUUUUAGUUCCCCAGCUCUCCCCUCCCUCAGCUGCCCCUCGCGCCGCGCCGGGCCGUCAGAGGCACCGCGGAUUGCGAGGUGGAAGGUCGUGCUGGUCGCGUGGCAGUCGCAGAGGGAGGUCGUAACUUCUGACGCAGGCGUUGUGGUGUGCAAAGUUUAUUUACAACGCGUGUGUGUGCGAGUGUGCGUGAGUGUGUGUGAGUUUCUGUGUGGCGCCACGGGGCACACUCACGCCGCGCGAUUCGGGUGUGGCGAGGCGCGCGGCACGGACACGGACGGCACCUGAGCGACACUGGGCAGACUGACGAGUAAAUAACGAGGGAAGGAUCAGAAACCAGCGUGAGGGAAGGCGGGAGUGCGACAGUGAGACAAAGGCGUGGACAGUGUGACACUAAGCGAGGGAAGCACGAGAGAAUGACAGUGAAAUAAGAGGGAACAGUGAAGAGAACAGAUACAAACACGGAGAAACAGUGAAAGGAAAGAGAGAAAGAUAGAAAAAAAAGAGACAACAAGAACAGCACUGAAAUCACCCUGUCAAAAUGGAAGGUAAUAAUGAAGUGAAGGAGGCCGCCCCAGCUGCCGCCGACCCCCCGCCGCCCUCAGGGAACGGAGAGGCGGUGGACCAGCCCCCAGCCGCCCCCGCCAAAAAGCAGCAGAAGGAUUGGCUGGCGGUGGGUGGGAUUGGUAUUGAGAAGAGGAGACGGUCAUCCAACGCCUCCUACAGGAUUGAGAACAACAAGGUCCUGAUCGACACCCCGGAUGGCGUGGAGGAGCUGGAGAUUAUGGACAGCAAGGACAGGCACGGUAUCUUCAGGCAGGCCGUACCUGUGCUGCCCAUGCCUCUGGCCGUGUUGUGCCUUAUCCUUAGUUUCGUGCCUGGCCUGGGAACGUUCGUGGCUGGCCUGCUGGUGCUGUGUGGAGGUUUCACGACGGAGUACCCUAGCAGAAUGCAGGGCGCCUGCUGGAACCUGUUGGCGGCCUUGCUGAUGGUGGUGCUGGCACCCAUCCUGGUGGGACUCAUCUGGUCAGUGCAGCGAGGCGUCAUCAUCCUGCAAGAAUCCAUGAAGCACAACAUAGAGGAGCGCGAGGCCAAGGAGAAGGAGGCGGCGUAGAGAGGCAGGAACGCAUCACCCAACGCCGCCUCCGUCAGAAUUCCUCCUGCUGUGUGUCGCUUUCGGGUCUUCCCUUCAUCUCCACUGCAGCAGGGGGGAUCUGACACAUGAGGGAGUCUCCUGUACAUCCUUCUCCUCCUCCUCCAUCUCCUCCUCCUCUUCUUCCUUCUCCUCGUCCCUCUCCACCCCAUUGUUCGCUCAGGAGAAGGUCGGAGGAAGCACCACCAUCGAGUCGAAAGUUAUUCCGCGUCACGAGAUGAGAUUCUUGGAUCGUGAUCUCAAACUCUUCGGCGUCUUGUCUUCACUACUUUUCAGAGGCUCUUAUGCAAGUUGUUAUUGGUUUUCAAAGUGGUAUUCAUGAUUUUAUUGAUGGUUCAUAAAGGAUUCUGUAUUAUCAGCAGAAGGAAAACACUCGUGUGAGCCGCUGUACUUCAAAAGUUCUCCUCUGCACCUCUGCAACUUUUUUAAAUGCUCUAGUUGAAGUAACAUCGGUCUUCCAGGAUCUUUUUUACAGUUCUAAUGACAGAUUAAUAAGAUUGCUAUAGUAUGAACAGUAGAAACACUCUUGAGAACCCGGUUAAUCAUCUUUGUAGCCUUUGAAAAUAGUCAUGGUAAGAAAGCAAAGCUUUUCUCAAUAAAGGAUUAAUUAUUCACGUUUUCUUUUAGAAAUAUUUGAGACUCCAGAGGGUUUCAGAAUACGAAUCCUUGCUCAUCUCGACCUCAUGACCUCACCUUCAUUUAUUUUUUUAUGUACAGUGACCUCAAUAGUGUUUUUUUCGUGUGAUGAUUUUGUAUACUCAAGAUUUGUUAUCGAGUUUCAUUAAUUUCCAUGUUCUCUUUGUGUAUUUGAAAUAUUUAUGUCGUUAUUUCUAUAUCUUCAUUAGUUUUCAUGUAAAUUUUAAACUUUUCUUGUAUAGUUAUUUUCAACUUUGUAUUUUCCUCUAUUGUGUUUCAGGUAUUUUCUUCUCAUUCCUCCUGAGUUAUUUGUCUUGCGCUCUCGUUCAUUCACAGCAACAUUUUUAUAUUAUUUUCCUUAACAAUUCGUGCCCUGUAUUCCUACUUGAUUUUUCGUAUUUCUGUAUUCAUAAAGGUUUUUCAGUCAAUGAUUUUCACCUGUAGUUACACCAUCGAUAUAUUCUUCAAGGUCUGAGUGCCGAAGUUUCCUCACCACAGUUUCUAUAACCACCUGUAUUUACUACUUCUCACCCUCUACUCAUAAGGUUUCUGCAUCCAUACUUUCCAUACAAUUUUAUAAAGUCCUUAAGAUCUAUCAACAUUUCCUCAACACGGUUUCACUAACUACCUAAACGGACCUAUUCGUAUCAUUUGCAAGACUCCUUGUGUCUGUAUCUCCACAAUGAUUCUUGCAUCAACGUGUACUAUAUUCCCAAGGGUUUGUACUUCCCCGUGUUGUUCUGUCCACCUUCACCUUCCUUUGUAUUUUGUCCAGGGAUCUUAUGGCCCUGUUUUAUCCUUAGCAUCCAGUAUUUAUAUAUAUUAUACCCUGCAUUCUUACAUUUUCUAUCUCUUAAGCAUGCGUUGUAUAUGUAGUAGUGUAUGUUUAUGUAUUUCUCUCAUUUUUUCAUUAAUUGUGAGUGAUUUAACAUUUUUUUUAUAUGUAUUAGUGUUGUUAUAAAAGAGAUAAAUUUAUUUCCGAUGCAUUUAUAGGGUAGACAUUUCUUUUGUAUAAUUGAUGCAAGGAUUACAACAAAUGUUUAUAUUUAUCUUGUGGUACCAAGGCAAAUGGCUCUCUGCUACUUUUUGCCUUUGUAACGGCACCCUUUCUUGUCUCUCCCUUUCCCUCCCUUAUUACUUUCUUCUCUUGCCUUAUUUUACAAAAGAUAUAUUCUAUCCUUCAUUAUUCUGUUUCUUUUUUUUCUAUUUUUCUCUUGCGAUUCUGGAGACAACACAACACAACACAAAACAACAGAAUAUAACACAACACAACACAACAUAACACAACCCAGCAGAAUACAACACAACACAACCACGUCCCAAGCACUGUGAUCCCUUCCCUACGCAUUUUGAGGUCUCAUUAAUACCUUUAAGGCACUUUAGUGACAGUAAAGCAGUAAAGCGUGUUUCAAUGGUUAUACUGAGAGUUUCACAUUCUCAUUUCGAAACCAAAAAAUAAUAUGUGAAAAUAAUAAUACUCAGUGGUGUUUUGAUAUUGAUACUGACAGGUCCAAUAGACAAUCAAGCUAACCUCUGUCAAGCUAGGAAUAUUUUCAAUGAUAUAAGACUGUACUGAUGGUAUGACAAGAAUUCUACUAGAGAAAAAGAGCCAUGAAAACCACACGAUGAUAAUAAUUUCUCUGUAGCCUUUCAAAAAUAUCCUUAAUGAGAAACCCAGACCUUUCAAAAUACGAGUCGUGUGUUAGCCCAGUGUCCUGAAUUGACUCCGUAGUAACGACCUGAAGACUUCAUUAACCUCUAUGUUCACUGCACCUGUUGCGUUUUGUUAUUACUCGCACUUGAGUCUGAUGAAAGUUGUCAGCUGAUACACGAAGCUUCCUGUCACCUGCCGGUCUUGUCGCCUACACACACACACACACACACACACACACACACACACCUUAUACUGCCUAUGGAUAAGUACAUGGCAUUAUUAUUAUUAUCAUCAUUAUUAUCAUUAUUAUAUUAUCAUUAUUAUUAUCAUUAUUAUUAUUAUUAUUAUUAUUAUUAUUAUUAUUAUUAUCAUUAUUAUCAUUAUUAUUAUUAUUACUGCCAUCACUAUUACCAUCAUUAUCAUUACCAUUGGUGUUUAGCGAAGAGUAUAGGACUGUUCUGCCCGUGCAUCCCUCGCCACUCCUGCCGCAGAACACGCCGGCGGGAAGGCAGGGACUAUAAUCACUCUAUGAAUACAUCACAUUGUUUUGUAAA